CACUUGACAUUAUUGUGUCACGUGACUUUAAGAAGAUGGCGGCAGGCGGUAGAGGAAGUGAAGGAGGCUGCUGAAGUGAAGCUCCAAAGAAUGCGGCACAGUUUGAUCAGUUUUCCCUGCUUCUUUAAGUAGUUCAUCGAUAUGGUCUGUGUGAUAUCAUUUUGAUAAAAUCUUUGAAGAAAGAGCGAUGUCUGGACUAGUUGUGGCUUCAACUCGCGUGAAACGACUGGAUGGCUUCAGCGCGAAGCAACCUGUCAAGUUUAUACCAGUGAACUUAGUAAAUCUUUUUAUGUUGUUGUGGCUGUUUGUGGGUAGUCUUAACGCAGAUCCCGAAGAUCUUAAAUUCAAUGAAUUUGGUAACUUGAGUUUGAGUUGUCCUCUGAAUGGCUUAAAUACCAGCAUCAAUUGGACAGGUACCCAUGGGCAACACCUUCAAACUGGUCAAGUGUACUUAAAGACAAACAUCACUCGGAACAUGAGUGGUAUCUACAAGUGUCAGAAUUCCAGUUUAUCAGAACAUUCUUUCAAAGUGACAGUCCAAUAUUGUGCUGAAGGGAACAUUCCAGAUAGAACCAUGAAUUUUAGUUAUUUUGAGAUGAUUAAUAUUUCAUGCAAUAUUAAUGGUGUGCCACCAGUUUCUGAAGUAGCCUGGUUUUUAAAUGGCACACGCAUUGAUGGCAACAGCUCGUAUAUUACAGGUGAGACAUCAUCACAGACUUCAGUUGAAGCUUGA